CCGAAAUCGUGUUGCAUAGACGGUGUUCAAGCAAAGGACAUGUGGUCGACUGCACUUGCGUUUUGUAUAGUGUCUAGUUGAAUAGUAAAAUCUUGGCCAAAGUUGAACUUGUCGCGGCAUGUCGUCGUCGUCAGUGGAUCUCAUAGCGCUCUUGUCUGCGUGUGUCGAUUUGGGGGCGUUUGCUGGCCAAGUUAUUCGAGACGUUGUUGCGUCCGGUGAGUCGCUCCAGACAGUAAACAAGGCUGACGACGGCGCAACUGCCUCGUUCGACCCUCAAACGAUUGCCGACACGCGUGCUCAGCAGCGAAUUGUCGAGUCAUUGCGGCGACACUUUGGCCCCAAGCUCAUAAUCGUGGGCGAAGAAGGCCACCUGGACCCCCCCGCAGGGGAAGACGUGACCACACCAUGCACAUCACUGCUGGCUGCCACGCAUCCGACAGCGGUUCCCGUCGACCUGGAGGAUCUUGUCGUUUGGAUCGACCCGUUGGACGGGACACGAAAAUUCACCGAAAAAGCGUACGACGACGUGUCGGUGCUUCUCGGACUGUCGUAUCGUGGCCGUCCCAUUGCAGGUGUGAUGCACCAGCCGUUUGUUGGCGGCGGUGGCGGCACGACCUAUUACGGCGGCCCUGCGGUGGACGGCAUCUUCAGGUGCCACGUGGUUUCUCCGUAUACAACGCACAUGUUCACCUGGCCCGCAUUUGAACGCGUCCCGACCGGACGUGCCACGCUUUCAACCCGAUCGACCCCGAUCGUGGGCCACUCGGAAUCCCCAUGUGGCCAUGCCAACGCGAUCCUGCCGUUGCUCAACAUGAGCACUAUGGCCAAAGGAUCGACUGGCAUUCUCCUGUUGGACGUAGCGCUCGGCCACAUCGACGUGUACUUUCGGUACAUCCAUCGAACGAAGCGGUGGGACUCGUGCGUCGGCGAAGCGUUUCUGAUCGUCCUGGGCGGCGUAUUGACCGACCGGAAUGGCCACCUCUACGACUAUAGUGCGUCCGGCGACCACGAAAACACGGCAGGGAUCGUGGCUUCUUUGGACAAGUCGCUCCACGCCACAGUCGUCGCCUGUGUGGCUACGUACGCUUCGUAGAGAAGGACGACCUGGUUCUGGUAAAACGACACGAAAAAUGGCAAGUUCAUUGUGUCCAUCCUCCAUGGAAUCACCA